UACGGUACUUCAAACCCGCGUUGCAUUGUGGGUACGGCCGGCGUUUUGCUUACCAAUUUGACAUUGGGCUGUUGGAGCAGAACCAUCGGUGCUGUUACAUACAGUAAACACUGCAUGAGAUAGAUGUCAUGGCAGCUCCGUUCCCCACCGUGGCUGCAGAGGGACUCCUCCUGGCCCCACCCCAAGGAUGUCCCCACAAGACCCAGGAAGCCCCAACUAUGAGUCCCCCUCCGUCGGAAUACCCCAUGCACCAACCAAAAGCAUCAGAGUGCCCCAUGCACCAACCAACGGCAUCAGAGUGCCCCAUGCACCAACCAACGGCCUCAGAGUGCCCCAUGCACCAACCAACGGCAUCAGAGUGCCCCAUGCACCAACCAAAAGCAUCAGAGUGCCCCAUGCACCAACCAACGGCAUCAGAGUGCCCCAUGCACCAACCAACGGCAUCAGAGUGCCCCAUGCACCAACCAACGGCCUCGCCCCUCCCCAGUACCUCAUCACUUCCUGCCCACCAAGAGAGGGCCUAUGAGUUCGUAGAGUGUCCCAUGAAGGCUGCAAACAGAGACAAGUUCCCUGCCCCUGACAUCAACCCUGCCAACAUGAUGCCACCGCCCAAUCAGCAGCCGUCGGCCGGACAGCCCUUCUCCUUGUCUGUGAACAGAGAGGAGUCUGGGAUACCGAGGGCGGGCUCCGACCAGAAGUGGGUGUACCCCUCUGAGCAGAUGUUUUGGAACGCUAUGCUGAGGAAAGGGUGGCGGUGGAAGGAGGAGGACAUUAAGCAGAGGGACAUGGACAACAUCAUCAAAAUACACAACCACAACAAUGAGGCGGCCUGGCACGAGAUCCUGAGAUGGGAAGCUCUCCACAAGAAGGAGUGCCCGUGUGGGCCUUCUUUGGUGCGCUUUGGAGGGAAGGCCAAGGAGCUGACACCCCGGGCCAGACUCAGGAGCUGGAUGGGCUACGAGCUCCCCUUCGACAGACACGACUGGGUGGUGGACCGCUGUGGCAGUGAGGUGCGCUACGUCAUCGACUACUACGACGCCAGCGCAGUGGCCCAGGGGAAACAGGGCGACACCAUCCUGGACGUCAGGCCCGCCCUGGACUCACUGGGCGCCGUCUGGGACCGCAUGAGGGUCACUUGGUGGCGCUGGACCCAUUGAGCCGGCUCCGGUCCUUCCCGUCUUAUCCGUCUCAUUCGUUUUAACCCAUUCAUCGAUCCAUUACCACUUCACAAAAUAAAGGUGUACUUGAAUGUUAUAUGUUCCUGGCUGCUGGUAUAGUGCCAGGUUGACCGAUGUCUAAUUACUGUAAUUGAUUCCUGGUGCAGCUAUACAUUAUAAUGACAUCGCCUAACUCCCAGUUUCCAGCACAGUAAUAUUUAUAUGAUGCCAGUUUUUCUGAGUCAUGAAUUCUCUCUUUGCUCCAUUGCUGUGGCAAACUGUAAAAAGUUAACAAAGGAUUGUUUUAUUAUGUAUGUAUUUGUAUUAUUAGUAUGAUGUUGUAAUACAAUGAGUGCAAAUAUUAUAACAAAUAGUAUGAUUACACGUUGCGUCUAAACAGUACUUUUUACAUAACUACACAUUAUGCAAUAAUUCCAAAAGGUCUCAUGAAAAAGACAAAUCUCGACAAAAUAUCAACGGUUUCUCAUAUAUUUGUUUUGUGGAUAGUUGAUUGUUUGAUAUUGGAUUUGUUUGUCACAAGCACAGAAAUCUGUCACGCUUUAUUUUCACUGUGUAGGCUACUGUAUAUACUUCGAUAGACAAGCGGAACCAUUGUAAGUUAAAAUGUAUCUAGUCGGAAUCUGAUACGUGCGGCAAUGUAACAGCAAAAUAAAAGGCUUCUUCUGGACGAAAUAA